AUGAUGUUUUGGUUGUUUUCUAUACUCGGUGUGGCUGCUGCCUUUAAUAACCCACCAGGGGUAGAUAUCUGGUGUGGUAAGGCAUAUUAUCCUACCAAUGCCUCGUUUGAACCGGGGGGUUGGCUGGAUAGUCCCGCUCUAUCUACUGUGCCAUUGCUUGAUCUAAAGGUUCGGCCGCGCAUGAGUUUGUAUACAGCGUCCGAUGAAAAGGGGUCUUUCAUCAUUGAUGCAGGGAUCUCAUACAUCAAUGGAGAACCCUUGGGCAGUGACACCGUUACUGGAGAACUUGGACCUCAAUCCUUAGAGAUCUCGAUUUCUAUCGAGGGAAGCCAAUUGACCGUGCACCACACAGUGCCUCUCAAUUCAUCCUCGACAGAAGUGGAAUUUCCCCUACUACAUCUCCCCCCCUCGCUUCGAGUCGUACAAUAUGGUGGCAGUGUCACAAAAGUGGACAGUCUCUACGGCGGACUCUCUGUCCAAAAUCAAACCAACCCGUCAGUCUGGACGCCGCUGCUUCCAUACUCUUACUACGUCAGCUGGGACGGCUGGCUCGAGAAAUCCUUAGACAAUGUCCAGAAAUUCAAAGACGAUGGCUACAACAUCAUCCACAUCGUCCCGAACGCAGGCCUGGCUAAUGAAGCAUUCAACUUCACCGAGCUGAGCCUCUUCCUAGACAAAAUGGACGAAGUCGGUCUAUGGCUUAUGUACGACAUGCGCUGGACAUACAAGAAUCUUACCUCCGUCCGCGAGCAGGUAGAUAUCCUUAAAGACCAUAAGAGCAUGUUACUGUGGUACACAGGCGAUGAGCCAGAUGGACAAGGUGAUCCACUGAAUGCCACACGGAUCACAUACGACCUUCUCAAGUCGAUAGAUCCCUACCAUCCCGUCUCCCUGUGCCUGAACUGCUACAACUUUUAUUUCGAGGAGUAUUCCUCCGGAGCAGAUAUCAUUCUUUCGGAUGUGUAUCCCAUAGCCGUGAACACGAGCUGGUCGACUGUUUACGAGACGCCAUGUAAUACUACCUACGGGUGCUGUGGAUGUGAUGAUUGCGAAGGUAGUGUGGAAGACAUAUCGGUUCGGCUGGAUAAGUUUGCAGAGUAUCAGACCUGGCUUGGAGCAAGUCCUAAGCCCUUCUGGGGUGUUCCGAUGGCUUUCGGAAAUGAGACUUUUUGGACUCGGUAUCCGACUGCAGCGGAGGAGGUUACUAUGACGAUGCUUAGUUUGAAUCAUAAUGCGAAGGGCAUUGUGAUGUGGGACUGGCCGACUACUACCGAGUUGGCUAAUGUGACGAGUGCGCUUAGUCGGGUUCUUGCUGGGGAUGAAGUUACUGGGUUCUUGUUGGGUUCGCCUACGGUUUCGUUGCAGGCUAAGGGGCAUUCGAAGAUGGAUGUUGCGGGGUGGACGCUUGGGGAUCGUAUGUUGGUUAGUAUUUUGUCGUUGCAGACUCCUUCUUGGUCGUCGUCCGUGACUGUGGAGCUACCGGAGAGGGCUCAAUCGGUUACUCAGGUUCUCUGGGGCUCUGGGGAGUGGAAGCUAGUCGAUGGGCAUCUGGUUAAGAAGGGUGGAAACGGUUUAGAGACUGACCUGGUAGUUGUUGAGCUUGCCUCUAGAUAG